AUGAAGAUGCACAAACUAAAGUCGCUGCCGGAGCUGGUGGAGGGCUACAAGCCCGUUCCACUGUUUUGGAAACUGGGCAAGCGUGGUUCAAAGGAGGGAGAAACGACGGCGACGAGCAAGGCCUCUGCGAUGAAAAAGUCUGAGAAGUUGCGCAAGGAGCAGCAAGAACGGUUGAAGAAAGCAAAGGUGCAGUACGACCCCGAUAUUCUCCUCUCCUCGCUACCGUGGGAAGUGGAUUCUAUCACGGACCCAUACCGUGGCGUGGCCACCGAAGACGCCGUUGAUUUUAGCAAACCGGACCUGGAGAAGACCUGGCGGGCGUACCGCGAGACCUUUCAGCAGCGCAUGACGGAGAUUGGGAACCUCACGCAGGUGACAACGGAGGGCAAGUGUGAGCGCAUGCUGAUGGACACCAUGGAGCGCUUCCGCCGCGGGGAGGUUGGGGAGCAUCCAGAGAUUCCCGCAGAGCACGAGGUCAUCUUCCGCAUGAUAUUUGAGGCGCACACGAAACACUUUCUUGCAGAUUUCUACAAUUUUGGGGGAAACCGCGUGACGGAGUCCAAGACGACCAAGUCGGAGGCGGAUGAGAUCCUGCUCCGGGCCUCCACCAAGUGCAAGCUUCUCGGGCCGAAUUUUAUGAAGUUCAUUCAGGAGAUGACCUCGCUUGAGCUUGACUCCAUCCGCAAGAACCUGGCGCAACGCUACGUGAUCAUGAUUCGCGAUCGCAAGUACGAGCCCUUAGGAAGGCCUUUUAUGAACUGGAUCAACAACGAACUCGGGGAAUUCAGUCUCACAGACUUUUGCAGCGUGGAGCAGCUGGAGACUAGCCUGGAGUUUCUAAAGCGGCAUGUGAAUGACGCCAAGCUCAAGUGUCCCAUGCGUCUGGAGGGGAUCACGGACUCCGCCCGCGAUGCCGCUGUGGAAGCGUUUUUUCAGUGGUGUCGUGGGGCUCUUUGCUUCUACGCCGCCAAGCAGCUGCACCGGAUGUACAUCGAGUUUGCCGACAGCUGCUUCCGCACACGGGCGGAGAGCCUGUUUGAGGACUCCAUCGAGUGGUUCUCGAACUGUGCCAAGGCCUCCAGCGGCGUGGUGCAGAUUCCCAUCCCCGACUCGGACCCUCCGUAUGAGUGCGAGAGGAAGGACUUUCUUGACGGCGAAAACACCGUCUACGCCGAAAUCGUCGGCCAGCUGGAUAAGGCGGAGGGGCUGUGGCACUCCGGCACCUCGAAGCGGUGGUACCCGGUGAUGGAUGAGACUGAGUGCAUGUGGUAUAACGAGCGGCGUGGUCGGUUAACCCUCGCGUUGGACAUCUCCGACCGCUGCCUGGAUAAUGUGAACAAGAAGACGCAUCCAUCCACCCACCCCUUUCCAGAACGUGCCCGCCUUUUUCUCAAAGGGGCGCCCCUAACGGAGGAAACUGCCGAGCACCUGUGGAUGCGGUAUAUGGGCGACUUGUACAAUGAGCACAGUGAAUUUAUGUUUUGGCAGGGGCGUUUCCAGACGGGGCGCUCCUACCGUGAGAAGUGUUUGAAUUUUUACCACCUGGCAAUUCGUAUGGCGCGCGAGCGUUUUCCCCCAUCAUGGAAGGCGCCUCUAUUAACGGAGGCGAAGUAUCUUAUGCGGGUGUAUGAGCCUGGGUGCGACGUGGAACGACACCUGCAGGAGGUUGAGGUUGUGGUUGAAAACCUCUUCGCGGCUAAGGAACCGAGGUAUUGGCUGGAGCCCUUUUCCGACCUUCCCCACCGCCUCGCGCUGGUGCACGCCAACCUUCCCGCGCUCGGUGAGUGCAUUACAGCGAGAGUGAACGGGCAUAUUGGACGAGUGCCCUCAAAUGAACUGUUGCUUAAGGCCAUGGAACAACGCGCGCAUGGCGGGGCAUAUCUGCCUGAGCUGGAGGAGUACUUUUCUGCCGUCAACGACGUCGCCGAGGAGGUGUUUCGCGCGAACAUGCUGCGAUGGCGGGCGCAGGAACAUGAGGGCUCCGACCCGUACCUCUUCUGGACCCAUCUCUAUUUUGCCUUCCGAGUUCAGCCCAGAGAUGCGGCGGAGGGGCAUAAGCUGUGGGACAUGUACGAGCCAGCCUACCUGUACACCUAG